AUGGGACGAAUGAGCUCCACCGACGUAUUGCAGGUGCUGAACAGCCGCCAGAGCCAGUCUUCUCGCUUCGCCUCGGCCCAGAACACCCUUUAUUUCCACCUUCUGGACCGAGGCAUCAAGACGUCUCGGCCGAUGCCAGACAAGGAAGGCCGAUUCCUUUGCCCCAUCCGAUGCGACGGCACGCAAUGGAGCCUCGUGGAAGAAAAUGAAGGUCAAGACGGUAAAGGUCAAAGUGAAGGGAAGCAGUACAUGGUCCGCCUGUUCACCUACGUACCAGGGACGAUCUUCUACGACGUCCCCAGCACCCCCGCCCUCUUCCACGAGAUCGGGGAGUUCCUGGCCGACCUCCAGAUCGCCAUGGAGGACUACGACGACCCCGUCUUCCGGAUCCGGCGGAACAUCUGGUCCUUGGAGUACCUGGACGUCAUCGAGCGGUACGUGUUCGUCCUGAAAGAGGACUGGCAGGUGGAGACCGUCCGGGACGUCUUGGACGCCUUCGAGAGGAGCAAGCCCGAGAUGAUGCAACUUGAGCAAGGGAUGAUGCAUGGGGACGUCAACGACCAGAACAUCCUCCUGAGGAAGGGGGAGGAUGGGGAGUACCACGUGGACGCCGUCCUGGACUUGGGGGACACCCAGCAUUCCGUCUACCUCCUCGACCUGGCCGUGGCCAUCACCCACCUCAUGAUCGAGUGCAAGUGCAUGGACCCGCUGGAGACAGGGGGCCAUGUUCUGGCGGGUUAUGCGAGGAAGAAGAAGAUGUUUCCUGAAGAACAGUGGGGCUUGAUACGUCUUGGCAUAGCGGAGCUGUUUUCACUAAAGGUCAGAGCCUUGAUUGCAGGUCGCCUGAGCCAGGUCCUGGUCAUCGGUGCCUACACGCAUCACCUUCACCCGAGCAACACCUACGUCCUCACCUGGGCUGCGCGGGGCUGGGAACUCCUUCGGCGGUUCUGGCACGAGUGCCCCGUCGAACGACUCGCGCAGCUCUGGAAAAACGUUCUCAAGUCGUACGAGGAGCGCCAGACCGAUGCGGGCUCUGGCUCCAGUUGA